AAGCAUCAAUUCUUCGGCGCCCAGCCUUCCUCAUGGUCCAGUUCUCACGUCCACACAUGACUCGUGGAAAGACCAUGGGUUUGACUAGACGGACCAUGAACAGGAGCUUUCUCCCCGAGGCCCCCUUUGUAUCCACCUGAGGCAACUCUUGGAUCGCAAGCAGGAGACAGACUCUGAGGCGUGGAACGCUGUGAGAUCGCGGAGGGCCCUGAGGCAGCUCACCAGCCGGAAGCCGGGCCUGGGGAGGGCGGGCCUGCAGCCUGGCCUCUCCUGGGGGGUCGGGGCGGGGGUCGCCUUGAGCACAUCAGCUCCGGCCACGCUGAGACUGCCUCGUCUGCACUCGGGCUCAGAGUCCUGGGAGACGGCUUGUUACUGGCUGAGACGGCAGGGGGAGGCAGGCCAGGCUCCCACCAUCCCCUCCUUGGCCGGCCGGGCCGCCCAGCACGCGUCAGGACCAUUCUCCUGUAUCUUGGGCUCGCCACUUCACGGUACCCAGUCCCGCCCCUCCUGAGCCUGCCCAGGGCACUGCCUCGCCACAGCCACCAGCGCCGACACAACCGAGCUGAGCUGCCCGCAGGCGGGGUUUCCACGAGGCGGCCAGCCUGCCAGCCCUGCAGGCCUCUUAAUGUCCCACCGUCUACACGCUGAUGGUAAACUUAACUGCCCUCAAGACCUCUCACGGGAAGAGAGACAAACAAAGGGAACGGACAGAGUAACCAAGGGAAAGGAAGCUACUGGCUGAAUUUAGCUUAGAGCCCUAGCCUUGGAAACAAGGGACGGGGUCUGCUCCGGGGUUUUGGAGCCGCUCACGCUGUCGCCCGCCUCGCUGACAUCCAUGCUCCGGUCUCCCAGGCCGGUUUUGGGUCAGCGCUUCCAGAGGUGCAGCUCUUUGCCCACUGGGGUGACCCCAGUCUUUGAGCUGGAGUGGGUGCCACAGUCCUGCCGGCCUGGGCCCUUCAGCAGGCUCUACCCUCUGAGGCAACCAGCUCCUGCGCCGCAAGGCUCCUGAGAUGACGCCAGGUGCCGUGGGCUCUCGUCCACCGUUACUGAGGUAACCGCCACUGUCAGAAGCAGAUGUGCAUAAGACGUUGUGUUUGGCUUUUUAACAGAAGCAUCAACUGCAAGCGACAGAAAACCAGGACUCAGCUGGCUAAACCACAGCCAGACACCCCGGUCUGAUGUUUCUCCGCUUUCAGGUUAAGAAGAUGAUAAUUCACUGAAGUUGUGGCUUCGCUGCAAAGUCCGAGGAAGAAGUCCCUGCUGGUGAACAACGUCUUCGUGCUGGCCGCCGCAGCGCUGUUUGGCUUCAGCCGCAGAGCGGGCUCCUUCGAGAUGAUCAUGCUGGGAAGGCUGCUCGUGGGCAUCAGUGCAGGUGUAGGCAUGAACGUCCAGCCCAUGUACCUGGGGGAGAGUGCCCCCAAGGAGCUCCGAGGGGCCGUGGCCAUGACCUCCGCCAUCUUCACCGCCGUGGGGCUCGUGAUGGGUCAGGUGGUUGGACUCAGGGAGCUCCUGGGUGGCCCGCAGGCCUGGCCCCUGCUGCUGGCCAGCUGCCUGGUGCCCGGGGCGCUCCAGCUGGCCUCCCUGCCCCUGCUCCCUGAAAGCCCACGCUACCUGCUCAUUGACUGUGGAGACCCUGCGGCCUGUCGGGCAGCGCUUCAGCGGCUGCGGGGCCCCGCGGACCUGGCCGGGGAGCUGGCCGAGCUGGAGCAGGAGCGCGCCGUCUGCCGGGGCGGCCGCGCGCGGCGCCCGUGGGAGCUGUUCCGGGAGCGCGCGCUGCGGCGGCAGGUGGCCAGUCUGGUGGUGCUGGGCGGAGCCAUGGAGCUGUGCGGGAACGACGCGAUGUACGCCUACGCGUCGGCCGUGUUCAGCCAGGCAGGGAUCCCGCAGGCCAAGAUCCAGUACGCGGCCAUCGGGACCGGGGGCUGCGAGCUGCUGGCGACGCUGCUCAGCUGCCUGGCGAUUGAGAGGGCGGGCCGGCGGGUGCUGCUGACUGGGGGCUACGGCCUGAUGACCUGCUGGGGGAGCGUCUUCACGGUGGCCCUGUGCCUCCAGCUUUGGCAUCGGCCCUGGCUUCUGGGAGGGCGUGGCUGGAGGAAGGCUGGGGGACCCCACUUUCUUGUCCUGGUAUGGGGGCAAGGUGGGGUGAGGCAGGCCAGGGAGCUCCGACUGGCAGCGCCCCCGUCCCUACGCCCCCUUCCAGCCGGGGUGACCGGGAUCCUGGCCACAGAGCUGUUUGACCAGAUGGCCCGGCCUGCCGCCUACAUGGUCUGCGGGGCGCUCAUGUGGACCAUGCUCUUCCUCGUGGGGCUGGUGUUCCCCUUCCUCGUGGUAGGCCUGCCUGCCCCUGCCCCCUGGGGGUUGGGGGCCUGCCUUUGUAGUGUGAGAACCCCCCCCCCCAGGCUCCAUCCAUCCAGGGAGUGUGAGCCUGAAGGGGGAGGGGGCUCACCUGAGCCAAGAGGGCGGAGGCCCUCGCAGGGCCUGUGCGGGGGGCCCCGGGCGGCGGGGGGCUCCAUGGCCACAGCAAGCCUCGGGUCUCUCGCAACCUCCAGGAGGGCUUGUCCCACUUCAUCUAUGUGCCUUUCCUCUGUGUCUGCGUCUGCGCGGCCGUGUACUCGGGCAUCUUCCUCCCCGAGACCAGAGGCAAGAGCUUCGUGGAGAUCUCGGAGGAGCUGCACAGACUCAACUUCCCAGGGAGGAGCCGAGGCCCAGCGUGGGCCGGCCCCGAGGUCGUCCGGUCCACGGAGCUGUAGCUCGGCCGGCACGGCGGGGGCCAGCCCCGGACCCUCCUCCUCCUGUGGAGCCCCUGGGUGUGCAGGCCUGGUGCUCAGCCUCAGAGAGAUGGUUUCAGGGGCCUCUCGGCGCCCUGUGUCUGGAGGCUGUCGGCAGGAAACCAACCAUGACAAACUCAGAGAAACGCAGGGGAAGAAAAUACAGCUUGUGACACCUUGGAGAGGGGCGUGGUCACGAAAGGAUUUUGCGAGGAACUGAUUUUUUUAAUCAAAUUUUUUGAGGUGUAAUUUACACACAGUAAAAUGCAUCCGCAAGUGUGCGUCCCCGAGUUUUGACACGUGUGUGUACCUGUGAACCACGCCACGGCCCAGGGAGGCCGCUCACGCCGCCCCUCCUGCCGCUUCCUGAUCAGUACCCCCCACCCCACCCCCGAAACCUGGGACCUGCCUUCUGUCGCUGGAGGUCGCAUUUCUCUCUCAGACCAUUGGACGAAAGUCCCCACUGUGUGCAUGCGUCUGUGUUUGGUCUUGCUCCAGAGGAAGUCUCUGAGACGAAUGCGUAUUUUUGCAUGUAGUAGCGCAUAGUCCUUUGUGUGGCUUUGUGUUCGCUGUAUGGAUGUACCAUAAUUUGGUAACCCGUUUCCCUGUUUGUGGACAUUUGCACUGGUUUUAAUUGUUGGCCACGAUGAAUAAAUCUGCUGUGAACAUUCCUGCACGAGGUGUAUA